CAAUCAAAUUAUCUUCCGGAUGUGUACAAUCUACAGAGAGAAAAAGGGAAACACGGCUAACAAGAAGUCUGCUAGAGAAAUCUUAAAUAUUUUGGAAUAUAGUGAUUUUUAACGUCUUCAGACGAAAAUGAAGGAUCUACAAGUUGAUCCGACAAGUACCACGAGUUUGCAGGCGCGUCCCUCGAGCGAUAACAAGUUGUCAGAAGUUGCUGGCCAGAACAACUUGGAUAAGGGAUCGGAGAAGAUCAAUGACUUGUCCAAAGUAGACACAGUGAAGAAGACACCAGUGAAAGUGGUGGAAAAAUCAGAUGCUCAGCAGAAGACCAUGGAAAAGACAGAAGAAAUAAAAAAGAGUGCCCCAGCCUCCAAGGAGGGGGACAACAUCACCGAGAAAAAGGAGGCUACAGAGACAAAGGAGGUCGAUCUAAGUAAAGAGUUCGCCAAAAUGUCCAUGAAUGGGGGUGUCAAUGGUGGUCUGGUGGACAAAGUCAAUGACCCAGAAAAAGAACUCAAUACAUUGACCAGCAACUUGUCUCUCAAUGAUGAUGAUGAUGUAAAACUCAAAGGAGAGGUCAAAUCUCGAGGACCAAGCGGUGGAAUUCCCAGAGUGCCGUAUUCUCAAACUCAUUCAUACAAGUCAUUCAACAACUAUCCAUGCCAGCCCAACACUGGCUUUAAGGGAGGGAAACGCACCAUGGACCAUGAUGAGUUCUCCUAUCAGAAGUAUGGAAAGCCAUUGGAUGAACUCUUCACCAAUUCUGGUUUGAAUCAUGAGUUACAGAACAACAUGGAUAUUAAUGCUUACCAGAUGACAUACUCAGUGGAUAAGAUGUCAGCUGGCAAAUUCAUGAAGCCAGUAUCGCAGCCAAACUAUGAGAAUCCACAAGCUUUUAACCCAGACCAAUUCCUGGACUCUUUAGGAGGCCAGCAGGACAACACCUCAGGUUAUGGAGGCAGUACCUUUUUGGACAAUACAAUGUUUGGAAAUUAUGGCCAUGCACCUAUGCCAAAUGGUAUGCCCAAUGGAAUGUACAGUGGCGGAAUGCCCAUGUUGCCUGGACAGAAUGACUGCAUGAAUGCCAACUUUAGCAACAACGAGCUGAACAAUCAGAUAAACAACACAUUUUCACCUGAACAGAGUUUUACAGAGAGACAGAAUGAAAAAUCUGAUUACAGUGAAUCUGAGUCAGAUAUGGAGAAAAGCCCUUACUCCUUCACCACCAACUCCCCUGCCAGUCAGAUGUCUUUGAACUCUCCACCACCUUCUGUAGACAGUGGCUAUGGUGGAUAUGCAGUUCCCAGCCCUCAAUCAGACAUCAAAUCCCCCCAGUCACAUACUGGCACCUCCCCACCAAGCAAUGCCAUGAGUCCAAUGCCAGCUUCUACUGAGCUUGAUAACACAUCAGAAUACAUUGACAAAAACAUGGACAAGCUGCAUGAUGUGUUGGAGAUUUUGGCUAAAGAUCUGAAAGACAAAGAAACUCCUAAGCCACAGUAUCAAGCUCCUCAAGAGAAUUUCAGCCCAAAAGCUGUUCAGCAGAGCCAAGCAUCAAGGGCUUUCAGUCCACAACAGCAGAUGAAACCAGCAGUUUCAGCUGCAAAUGGAUACCCUCAAACAUCCCUGACAGGCUCUCAACCAAACAUGGGUAUGAAUCUUCAGCAUCAAAUUUCAACUCCACCCAUGCCAAUACAGCAACAGCCUAUGUAUUUGGGACAAAAGCCACAACAGGUUCCCCCAAUGGCCAAUGGUCAGCCUAUCAGGAUGCAACCUGCAUAUGUUCCACAGCCACAACAAGUCAAUACUAACUGCAUCUCCCCAAGCACUCCUACCAGUAAUCAGGUCAUCAUCCUACCCCCCAACACCAUGAGCCAGUCCAUUCUGAGCCCUACUACAAGCAUUGGCCAUGGUCACAACCUAAUCAGCAACACUCCCACAGGAAUGGUUCAACCAACCCCAGGGUUGGUGUCUAGUCCAGGCAUGAUAAAGCCUGCAGUGACUACCACUCAGCCAAUUACAACAACAAACUCAUUUGUUAUUGUGAACAAUGCCACUGGUGGAGGAGCUCCCAUCACAUCUGUACCAGUUCCCAUCCCUGCUGGGGGAACCAGUCAACAGCCAAAUACAAUUAUCAUUGUGGCACCUCAACAGCCAGUCCAAGCCCCAAAACAGGAGAAAAUCAAGCUGCGUGAGAUUCGACCCAAGAUUCCCGGCAAUGACAAAUCUGGACAGAUUAACGGUGUGCGACCUGCUGCCAAGAUUCAGGCCAAGGCUCAGCCCAACCCCCAGAUUGCCAUGCAGAGAAGAGCAAUGGAGCAAAAGAAACAAAAUUUGAUCAAUGUUGCCAGAAGAAUGGUAGCAGAAAUUUCAAGGGAACAACUUCCAUUCCAAGAUGAUGAAGGCGACACUUACCUCCAUGUGGCUGUUUGCAAAACAGAUUCCAACAUGGUGCUGGCCCUCUUGGAGCGACUGAUGCGUGAAAAUCUUUCACAGAUGAUUGAUGUUGAAAACAAACACAGACAGACACCUUUGUACUUAGCUGUUGUUGCCAAUCAGCCUCAGAUGGUGGCCAUGUUUGUUCAGAGAAAUGCCAACCCAAACAGUAUGGCACAGGUUGUAUCACAAGAUGGAAAGUCCAUGGAAGUUAAGGCCCCUAUUCACGUGGCAUCUUCCAAUGGUGUUGAAUUCUUAAGCACCUUAAAUGAGCUACUCAAAUCUCAAGACCUUUCUCUCAACAUUGCAAACUCAGAAGGUCACACUGCCCUACAUUGUGCCAUCUUGGCUCAUGGACGAGCUCAGAGAAAUGGAAAUGGCUACGUGAACAGUCUCUCCAUCAUUGAGGCGUUAAUUAAAGCUGGGGCUGAUCCUAAUUCUCAGGACAAGAAGAGUGGAAAGACCCCCCUCAUGUAUGCCAUUGAAAAGAAAGACUAUAACUUGGUGGAGUCAGUGCUCCGAUUGUUCGAACCCUCCAAACUCAAAAACAUUGUCAAGUCUGCCACCUUUGAUGGUAGUUCCUGCAUUAAAAUUGCUGAAGGACUGAAAAACGAUUUUCAGCCAGACACAUGGAAAAAACUGUGGAGUCUGUUAAACAGUGCGUAUAAUGGGCAGAUUCCGACCAGUCUACAGGCAUUCUGAGGAGAGGGUCCAUUCUCACCACCACAAAGCAGCUCGAAGAAGAGAUCUUGCAAUUUUCAUGUUUCCAUCUUGUAAAUAGCUACAGAUUCAUUAAUGAUAUAUAAGUUAUUUGUUGCUAAUCAUCUGUAAAUAGUAACGAUCUCAGAAUCAUUAUCAUUUGUCAUUUUUAUUGUUUUUUUACCCUUUGUAAUUUUAACUGGUGCAUUCUCAUCGACUAAUGUACAUUUCACAUCUGUGCAGAGCUAAAGUCUUUGUAGCUGGAUAAUUUGUUUGUUGUUGUUGUUGUAUAUUUUAAUGUUUGUUCCUUGGAUAUCUGUUGAUAAUUAAGUAUGUUAGAGAUGUUGGUGACUUUGUUUAUUACACUGAAGUACUUUAAAAGAUAUUGUGAUUUUUUAAAAUGAUCUUGUUGUUCUUGCACAUGUAGAUGGUACAUCUGAAAAUAAGUAUUGUACUUGGUUUUUCAUAAAUAUUUUUUUCAUAUUUGUCUACGAGGAUGAUAAAGGAAGCAAAGAAAAUUGGAAUUCUUUAAAUUAUUCUACAAUUUUAACUAUAAAACAAACAAAAUUCUUAUAGAAAAACACUUAGAAUGCAGACAUUUUAUGUAAUUGGUUCAAUUACAUUUAUAUGCAUUAUGCAAUUAGUUGCCAUGAAAGUCUAUAAUAAAUAGGCAAAAUAACUAUACUUGUUAAACAAUGUUUGUAGCUGAAGAAUGCAAUUACUGGUCGUUCACUUUGUAGAUAUUUAACAUUGAAUGUUGCUUUUCAUAUGUACUUGUUAUUUUUUCCAGAGUUUUAUCUUUAAUGUUAAGUAAUGAUCAUGUAUUUUUUAAAUGCUCUUUAAUUAAGGAACUUGGAACAUAUAUGUUUGUUCUGUUGUUAUGAUGCUAUAAUUUUGUCGAUAUUCUUUGCUACAUUCAGUGCUACUUGGCCGUUGUUAGUAUCAGAACUAAGUGCUUUGGAUCAGGCCCAGGGUGUAUAUUGGGAAAUUUUCUGUGGCCUUGACCUCUGUGUACAGAUAUGUUUAAUCAUUAUUUUGUGGGUCUGUUAAAAAAAAUGUGAUUCAAUAAGUACAUUUUUUUUUUUCUGAAAAUGUGCCUAUUUAUAAAGAGAUAAGGUCUAUAUAUUUAUAUUGUGAUUUACCAAAGUCUGAAUUUUCUCUGUUGCUACUGUUCUCACCUUUUACUCUUUUUGCCAUGAAAUGGUUUCUCUAUUUUAUGCCUAUAUGAAAUUUAAAAAUGGUUUAAUUUUUAAAGUCUAUAACUUAGGAUAAAAUGUAACUAAAACUAUAUUUGAAAAGAAACUUGGCAUUGCACAGAAUGGUUUGACAUUAUGUAAAUGAGGCAGCAGCAUUAUAAAUAAAAACACAAACUCA